AUGAAGGGUGCAGGUGAAAAUGAUGCUAAGAUUUUACGUAACACAGAUGAAACAGAAGAUCAGUGGCUAAGAAAUGUGUAUGUGACUCCAGUGCAGGAAAUAUUUGACAAUAUUAAUACACGUGAAUUUACAAACUGCAAUAAUCCUGGUCAUGGUGAGACUGCAGAUACUUCUUUUAAUCUUCUUCAAAAUCAAAGAACCCACAUGGGAAAUGUAUGUUCUGAAUGUGGAAAAUGUUUUACCAGGAAAUCACAUCUUAUAAGACAUCAGAAAAUUCAUACAGGAGAGAAAGCAUUUUCUUGUUCUGAAUGUGGAAAAUGUUUUACCUUGAAAUCAGCUCUUAGUAAUCAUAUAAAAAUUCAUACUAUAGUGAAAUCACUUUCAUGUUCUGACUGUGGGAAAUGUUUUACUGUUAAAUCAGAUUUUAUUAGGCAUAAAAAAAUCCAUACAGGUGAGAGAGAAUUUUUGUGUUCUGACUGUGGGAAAUGUUUUAUUCUGAAAUCAAAUCUUAUUAUGCAUCAAAAAAUCCAUACAGGUGAGAAAGAAUUUUCAUGCUCUGAAUGUGGGAAAUAUUUUACUCUGAAAUCAUCUCUUAUUAAACAUCAGAUAAUUCAUACAGGGGAAAAGGGAUUUUCAUGUUCCGACUGUGGGAAAUGUUUUACUCAGAAAUCAUCUCUUAAUACUCAUCAGAAGAUUCAUACAGGGGAGAAAGGAUUUUCAUGUUCUGACUGUGGGAAAUGUUUUACUCAGAAAUCAACACUUAAUAACCAUAAUAAAAUGCAUACAGGGGAGAAAGCAUUUUCAUGUUCUGAUUGUGGGAAAUCUUUUACCCUGAAAGGAAAUCUUGUUACUCAUCAGAAGAUUCAUAUUAAAGGAUAUCAGAGCUUAAAGGGAUAGCCUACUUGAAACCUUGUAUUGCUUAAAAAAAUAGAU